GUACGUGCAUGUCAAUCGUCAUGUCUCUCUACUGUAUCGGACAGAGCCCCACUUGCUCUACUCUCACAAAAAGUCCAUGCUCUCUGUGUCCCAGCCUCUCUUACAUCCUCCAACGGACUGGCCCGCCCGUAGAAUUCUUUCCGAUCGCCGGACCAAAUCGUGCGCCCUUACCAAAUACAAAAACUCAUACUUGGCCCUGCUGCCCUGGCUGUCCUGCGAUUCCAUGCCGACUCUGGGUACCUGAACCCGCUUCAUCGUCAUGGGUGAGCUCCUUUGAAAAGCUGCCGCACACAGGUCUAGCUUCACAUCUCUCCUGCCACGCACCAAAACCAACAACAACUUCGAAAGGGAACUCGUCUUCCCGCCUGCUACCAUUGCCUGUUCUAUCCUUUGACCGAGCACUUCCAUAUAGGGCGGAGUCGGAGUGGGUGUGUAUGGGCUGUGCCGCUGCAGAGUGGAGCUCGAUGCAUGACAUAACCUGGCCGCUGCACAAAACAUUGCCCGCAGCUUCAUUUUCUCCAGUCGCCGUCAAUCAACUGUUCACGCCCUCGAUCCCGCCGAAUUGGUCGCGCAUAGUGCUCCAUCAGCCCGCGGGAUAAUUGCAGUCGCGUCCUUUGUCCUGCUCACUUGGGGCACCACUUCUACAGACCACCCCCGACGUUGACCCCCGCCCUGCACUCCCAGUAUGGCCAAAGGACCGGCUGUGGUCAUUAUUGCACGACACGGCGCACGUCUCGACGCUGCUGACAAGCAAUGGCAUCUUACAUCCCCCACUCCUUAUGAUCCGCCUUUGACCUACGGCGGUUGGUCUCAAGGCAAAGCCCUCGGCUUGCGCAUAGCCGCCCUUCUCCAUCAACGUGAAAGCGACCGAGAAAGUCAAGCCGAUAACUCCAACAACGCAAACUCAGAUUCCUGCGCCCUCGAUACAGAGACGGAUGGCACGGCCACGGGCAGGAGACACAAGAGGAAGAAGCACAAAAUCAUCAUACACUCGAGCCCUUAUUUGCGAUGUAUACAGACAAGCACCGCUAUUGCCGCGGGUUUGUCACAAUUUCAGUCUGCUGGUGCGGAGAAUACAACAACAAGAUUGAGCAUUCCUCGUCCAGCAAAGGAGAGGGGCGGAGUGCUUGGAGCGAGUCCACUGGAAAAGUCAAAGACAUUCACGUCUUCGUCGUCAGACGCACACUCGAAAGUCGGCUCCAAAUCGCAUACUGAAAGAGACAAGAUUUUGUUGAGAAUAGAUGCGUUUCUAGGCGAAUGGCUGUCUCCAGACUACUAUGAGGACAUCACACCGCCGCCGAACUCGACUAUGAUGGUCGCGGGCGCCAAGGCAGAUUUAUUGCGAAGAGGGGAUUAUGUUGAGGUGAAAGCUGCAACGCCAAGCAGUAAAGGACAUUUUCCAGGAGGGUGGGUCAAAACGCCUACACAAUCGGCAGUCAAUAAUCGGAAAAAUACGGAUGGUGGGGCUUUCCCGACUUUGGGAAGUCUAGCACAGGCUCUACCAUCCGCGAGGGAGCGGUCAAGUAGUCAUGGGCAUAGUCGAAGUCAGGGAGGUACACUGCUCAGACCGAGAUCGCGAUCCCGAGAGGGCAUCUCGCCCACCCUACCCACGGCACACAAACCACGCAGCUAUCUAUACGAAGCUCCGGUUCCUUCAUAUGCAGUCUCGCCUGCAGAUCCGAUACCUAGGGGUUAUUUCUCGCAUGCGCGAGAUGCAUGUAUCGAUGUCGAUUUCCAGUGGGAUAGCAUGCGCGAACCCCAGGAAUGGGGUGAUGGCGGCGAAUUUGGUGACGAGUGGAGUACCAUGCACAAACGAUUUCGCAAGGGUCUUGCCGGUAUGAUGCAGUGGUAUCAAGAGCAUGGCUCACUGCCUCCUAAGGAUCUUUUUCCUGGCUUCACGUACAGCGAGCGUCCUCCGGACAAACUUCAACAUGCUGCUACCGAACCAAUAAUCAAGACAGGCGUAACCAACGACGAGGAUGGGCAUACGGAGGAUGAUGAAGAGCUGGUGUUGGUACUCGUCACUCAUGGAGCUGGGUGCAACGCCCUUCUCGGCGCCAUCUCUAACCAACCAGUGUUAAUCGAUGUUGGACUGGCCGCUCUAUCCAUGGCUGUACGAAGAGACGAGCCGAGGAAGCCAGCAGCUACGAUCUAUCAACGCCGAGCUUCCGUCGUAGAUCCCGGCAUGUCCGAUUCGUAUGAGAUGAAGUAUCUAGCUUCCACCGACCAUCUACGUGCUGGUGUAGACCCCUCCAGACUCCCCCAAUUGCAAUCUCCAGCCGUGCUAUCCAGCCCUUCGCUUGAUUAUAGAAGACGAGUCGGGUACGGAGCUAGCGCAAGCAGCACCCCCGUUAACCAGGUCGACUCACCAUUCACAUUCGGCGAGCCGGUCCGUAGCGGUUGGAACAGCUCCUUGGGUAGUAUGAGGAGGAGUUCUACCAAUGGAAGCAGUACCACGCGCGUUUUGUCUAGCUAUGCAGCAGGAGGUACGAGCUCGAGAACGAGCUCAGGGCUCUGGAGUAGUGCACGUACACCUAGUCUCGAUCUCAAUGACGCAUCACCGCUACCAGCUGCCGAUGACGAUAUGCCCCUUCUCAACUUUGACAAUCAACCCAACUCCAGGCCGUCGUCUUCUUCGGCUACUAAAUCUAAGCCCACUGGUUCACCUAAAUCGCCUCGUUCUCCUGGCACCACAUCUGCCGCCAAACCUCUCCCACUAUCUUUGGAUGGUACAACGACGCCAGUUCCCUCUCAAACAAACGGUGGCAUGCAACAAAACAGCGUGGAAGACUCGGAAACACACGAUGAUGUCGCGCCGCUGCCACCCAAGGGCCCCGCUAUGCCACGCCGCACACCCAGUACCGGUGGUUCUGGGCUCUGGAAACCGAAAAACGCGGGGGCUGCGGCGCCUGGACUUUGGGGUCCACCACGGAAGGACGACGUGUAUGAGCACGGCAGAGGUCCCAAGAGGAGGUGGACGGUUUCGGAGAGAGAGAUUGAACCUGAUCAUACUCGAUGAUCUACGUCUCUUUGAAUGCAAAAGCAGGCGUUGUGGCAUGAGUGAUGGAAACACGGCGAUGGAUCUGUGGCGUUCCAAGGGUUUUACUGAUGUGGAGAAGGAAGCCUGUCCUGCACUUCUUCAUCUCUCAUAACCCUUUUCUCAUCUUCUCAUUCUAUUGUUUCUUUUUAGCUCGAUACCUCACCUUAGUUCUUAUAUUUUACCAUUCUCUCCUCUUCGACAUUAUGAUGGCUUUUUGAAAGUGACUGUACAUCGUCUCAACAACUAAUACUUUCUACUGCGAAGGCGUGAAACGAUCUCACCAUUGGUGUAUUUAUCGCAACUGUUAUAUAUUGUCACUAGUCCGGGAUCACUGUCCUGCGUGCCUUCAGGCAUUGGCAAAUACUACAUUGGAAAGCAUUCUCAAUAUCUCCCAUCCCUCGCAUCGAUAAAAUCACACAUCUCCGUC